AUGGUUGCAGUAUCAAAGGUUCCAGCAGCUCAUAAGGCUUCAAGCAUGCGUUACUUCUCUUCUUGGCUGACGGAAGCGUAUGCUUGGAAAACGGAUCGCAAGGGAUUAAUUAAGAGAAUUUGGCCACAAAGAACACUGCAGCAAUUGACAAUUGAUCUUGUGUCAAAGAUGAAAUCUCCCAUUGAAGUUGGAAGAUAUGACGAGCAUUGCUUUGAGAUAACUGUUCACGAAGAUCUUCCCAAAUUUCUCAAGCUAUGUGGUGCAGUAAUUACACUAUCGUUGAUUUCGGGAUCAAAUGUGUUGACAAUCUAG